UUCCCAAGAGGAGGGUUAAGUGAAAGGCCUGGCAGCUCUUUCUCCUGCCCUCCCCCCGCCUCGGAAAGAAAAAUGGACGACGCCUCCGCUUCGGCGGGCUACUCCCACUGCCACAUGGAGCGGAAGAUGAGCGCCAUGGCGUGUACGGUUUUCAACGAGCUUCGGCUGGAAGGGAAGCUUUGCGACGUGAUCAUCAAGGUUAACGGCUGCGAGUUCAACGCCCACAAGAACAUCCUCUGCAGCUGCAGCUCCUAUUUUCGAGCUCUGUUCACCAGCAGCUGGAACAACACAGAGAAGCGAGUCUAUAAUAUUCCUGGCAUUACCCCGGACAUGAUGAAGCUCAUCAUCGAGUACGCCUACACGAGGACAGUGCCCAUCACCGUGGACAACGUGGAGAGACUCUUUGUGGCUGCCGACCAGUUCAACGUGAUGGGCAUCGUCCGGGCUUGCUCUGACUUCAUGAAAAGCCAGCUGUGCCUGGAGAACUGUAUCGGCAUCUGCAAGUUCACGGAGUACUACUACUGCCCGGACCUGCGGCAGACGGCCUACAUGUUCAUCUUGCACAACUUCGAGGAGAUGGUGAAAGCGUCGACCGAAUUCCUGGAGCUCUCGGUCAAUGAGUUUCAAGACAUCAUUGAAAAGGACGAACUCAACGUGAAGCAGGAAGACGCGGUUUUCGAAGCCAUCCUCAAGUGGAUCACCCACGACCCCCAGAACAGGAAACAGCACAUGGCAGUUCUACUUCCCAAGGUCCGCUUGGCUUUGAUGCACGCCGAAUAUUUCAUGAACAACGUCAAAAUGCACGACUACGUGAAGGACAGCGAGGAGUGCAAGCCCAUCAUCAUCGACGCCCUGAAAGCCAUGUACGACCUCAACAUGAACGGCCCAUCGAGUUCCGACUUCACCAACCCGCUGACAAGGCCCCGGCUGCCGUACGCCAUCCUGUUCGCCAUCGGUGGCUGGAGCGGCGGGAGCCCGACCAACGCCAUCGAGACGUACGACGCCCGGGCGGACCGCUGGGUGAACGUCACGUGCCAACAAGAGAGCCCCCGGGCGUACCACGGCGCCGCCUACCUGAAGGGCUACGUGUACAUCAUCGGGGGCUUCGACAGCGUGGACUAUUUCAACAGCGUCAAGCGGUUUGAGCCCGUCAAGAAAACGUGGCACCAAGUGGCCCCCAUGCACUCCCGGCGCUGCUACGUGAGUGUCACCGUCCUCGACAACUUCAUCUAUGCCAUGGGUGGCUUUGAUGGCUACGUGCGCCUCAACACGGCCGAGAGGUACGAGCCUGAGACCAACCAGUGGACUCUUAUUGCCCCUAUGCACGAACAGAGGAGCGAUGCAAGCGCCACGACCCUGUACGGAAAGGUCUACAUUUGCGGCGGGUUCAACGGGAACGAGUGCCUCUUCACGGCCGAAGUGUACGAUGCCAAAGUCGAUCAGUGGAGCUUGAUUGCCCCGAUGAGAAGCCGGCGGAGUGGCAUCGGCGUCAUUGCAUAUGGAGAGCACGUCUACGCGGUUGGAGGCUUUGACGGCGCCAACCGGCUCCGGAGCGCCGAAGCUUACAACCCGAUCGCCAACACCUGGAGAACCAUCCCGACCAUGUUCAACCCCCGGAGCAAUUUCGGCAUUGAAGUGGUAGAUGACCUGCUCUUCGUGGUGGGCGGCUUCAACGGCUUCACGACGACGUUCAAUGUGGAGUGUUACGACGAGAAGACGGACGAGUGGUACGACGCCCACGACAUGAGCAUCUACCGCAGCGCCCUGAGCUGCUGUGUGGUUCCGGGGCUGCCCAAUGUCGGAGAGUACGCUGCCAGAAGGGACAACUAUGUGGGGUCAGCCCAAAGGGAUGAGGUCAAGUACUCCUCGUCCACAAGCACGCUACCUGUGUGAAUAGCUCCUGCUUGACUUAAUAAAGCCCUCUAAGCAAGAACUGUA